AGACAUAUAAACACAUUGACUUGUUGGUUUAAUUUUUCGAUGGAAAAUCAUUGAAAACUUCAAGUUUUUCGUAAUUUUAAGUGAAAAACUUCCGUAACAUAUUUAAUUCUUGUGCUAAACUGUAGUUAUGACAUUAUUAAAAUGUUAACGCCAAAAUUCAAGUUGUCACAAGAUGAGAAUCACGUAUACAUAAAUGUGCAUGCGCCCUACACGAAUAUCGGCGAAACAGAAAUCGAUGUGGACGGGGAAAAUUUCUUGUUCGUGUCAAGUCCUUACUUCCUUCGGCUACGCCUUCCGGGUAGGAUAGUUGAAAAUGAUAGCGCUAAAGGUUCUUACAUUUGUGAUUCUGGCGACUUUAACCUUACCUUUGAUAAAGUAAAUCCCGGUGAACAUUUUGAGAAUCUUGAUAUGAUAACAAGCUUACUAGCUCCACGUGAAAUACCAGAAAUUAAUCCUAAUUUAGUGGAAAUGUUGGAAGAAAGUGGUAUUGCUGGUGAAGAGGAGGGUGCGGCUUGCAGUAAGAGUGAUAAGGACACAGAAAGCGAUGAUGAUACCACUAAUUAUGCUUACGGCUUUGGUAACAAAGUCUGUGUGGAGUUGGGGGAUGUCGCGUCCGAGUUUCCACACAUCUUCGAACUGAAAGAGCCCGAUCGUGUGGCAAUCGCUGAUCGGAAUGAUCUCCGUAUAAAACAUGAAAAUCGCAAGUUUUCUACUGACCAUUACUUAGCUGAUUUCUUCGACGAAGAACUGCUGGAACCAUAUCUCAAUUGCGUGGUGUUCUGGAACAAAGAGGAUUUCGAUGCUGAAAGUAUUGAAUUCACGGAUGAAGAAAUAUCAAUAUUAAAAGAUUUACCAAAUAAGAGUUACCUGUUGAGCAAAACUGAAUACACACAAGUAAUGCUCGGGCUUGUCGAUAUCUUGUACGCCUUCUGCUAUGACAAGCGUACCACCCAAAAUGAUGCUUCAGUUGAAUCCAGUUGGACUAUCAACAAGCUCUCUGCAACCUUCAGCUGGUUUUGCGUAUUCAAAGAAACCAAGGAAGUUUUGAUUGCAGCUUACCGAAGAGCUCUAAGCUAUCCAAUAUUCAGAAACUUUGAGCUAUGCAGAAAUAUCCAUGACGAUAUGAUAUCAUUGUUCAGAAAAGGCAAAAAGUUUGUUAUAAAAUGCAUUAUAGAAAUCUAUAAUAUGUUCAACUCAUGUAACGAUGCUCGGUACAUACUAAACCAACUGUAUGUAAAAGAUUACUUGAUAUUCCUACAGAAAUGUAGACAGGAGGAACUCGAUGAGUUGUGUAAUAACAUAGCUAAUAUUGAUAUUGAGAAAAAAGAUCUCGGAUUUGAACUUGAUGAAUUAGAAGAAGCUGCAAAAUUAGUUGAGAGGGAGGAGGCAGAUGUUUUGCAGAAUGAAUUGGCAUGCCAGCUGGCAUCUAUCGCACUGGUCCCGGGAUUAAAAAAGCCACCAUAUAUUGAUGUUACAGCCUUAAUUAAUAGUUCUUCAACCGAUUCCAGCAGUUAUACUUCUUCUACAAGUGAUUCGUCCAGUGAUUCACUGGAUUCUGAUGAUGAUCCCUCCUGAUAUAGUAGUUUCCAGGGUCUAAGUGGCCAAGGCUUGUAAAGUCUUACCAAUUGACCCUGGAAAGGAAAGGCUGAAAUUCACGGGAAUUGGACUUCGAUCCGAUAGUCAAGACUUUGAGUGGAUGUUUCUGGAAUGAAUAUGGACACUAAAUACAGUGUGAAUAUUAUUAUGAGGCUUCAACUCCUGUGUAUACCCAUCCAUUGCAAUGUUAGAUUGAAAAAAAAAUGUUUCAAACAUUCUUUUUACAUUUAAAUUCAUAUUUAUCAGUGUUAUAAGUG